UUUUACAGUGCAAGAAAUUUUAAUUUGAAAUUUAGUUUGUUUACUUUAUCUCUAAAUAAAAAAAAUUUUUACAAAAUAUUUUUAUCCAAAAUGAUGCAGCUUAGUGAUUUUGAACGUGAAAACUUUAUGGAAAUAUGCUUUAAAAACAAAGACAAUGUAUAUGCUGAAGGGCCCGGGGCCGGAUUAGAGAAAAAUAAGAGUUUAAUGAUUUGUCUUAAAAAUGUCCCGAAAGGUAUGGAUAAUGAAGCUCUCAAAAAUAUUCUUUCUAAUUAUGGAGAUAUACUAAGAGUAACACAAAUGAAUGAUGUUUUUAACCCAUUACGAUUUGCAGAAUGUAAAGACGAAACAUCGUUAGAAGCAGUUCUAAGAGGCAUGUCUACCAAUGAAUGGAAUAUUCAGGUUUCACAAAAAACAGAAAAAAAAGUUGAAGCUUCCAUAUCAGAAAAAAGUCUGGAUUUUUGUAGUCAUUCAUCAAAAGGAAUAAGUGAAGAGUUGCUUAAAUCGGAUAUAAACAAUCUAAUUUACCCUUCCUUGACAAUAUUGAAGUAUUUAGAGUACUCUAAUCAGAGUAAGGAGUCUUCAUUUUUUCAAAACAGACGCAUUUCAGAUCAUGUUUAUAAUAUUGGAAAAUGUAGCACAAACUCCAUAAGGUGUGACUCGCGUUAUCAGUUUAGCAAUCUAUUCGGUGAAAAAUAUCAAAAUUUCCAGGGGGCGAGGAAUUUGGAAAUUUGUGUGUGUUUUGUUUGUCAAAAAUAUGCUGUGAGCUUUUGUGAACAAUGCAAAGAGUUUUAUUGCAGCAAAGAAUGCCAGAACGCUGAUUGGCCUACUCAUAAGUUCACAUGCACAGAAAAACUCCAGUUAAUUCGAUUACAACGUUCCAAAAUGACUUGUGACCCCUACAAAAACUUGAGAAUUGAAAAUGAAAUUGAAAACAAGAUUCGUUGCGGAGCUAGUGUUGUGAUAACACACGUUGAAAAAUCGAAUUGUGUUUUCAUUCGCUCGAUUGAGGAAAACGAUCACGCAGAUUAUGUUAGAAUCAUAAAUACUAUUGCUUCUUUUGGAGCUGUUGCAAAAAAUAUUUCAAAUUUGCCUGUUCCAGGAGACAUUGUGCUAGCGCAAUAUAACUUCGAGUGGUUUCGUGCUGUAGUAUUAAAUUCAAAUAGAGAUAAAGAAAUUUUAUUAGCUUACCCAGAUAUCGGUUGUACAGUGCUGAAGGCAAUGCCUGAGUUAAGGGAAUUUCCCGCCGAUUUAAAAAAUUUAAAGAGAUUAACAUAUUGUGUUUACUUAGAACAAGUGCAGAAUGCUGUUUUAAAUAAGAGAGCCGAAAAAUUUUUGUAUAGUAUAAUUGAAGACAAUGUAACCCUAAAAAUAGAGCAAGUAUUUAAAAAAAAUAAUGAUUUGUUUUCUGUGGAGCUAAAAGCAAUUGAUACAAACCAAAAUAUAAACAAAAAGCUUAACAUCUUAAUAAAUCCUACUAAACCAAGCAUACAUGACAUUCCAAUAUUUUUAAAUGAUGUAGAAAUAAGAAAAUUCAAACCUUGCUGCGGUGCUAAAGUAAUUGUCCUGGACAACUCUUUUAUUGAAUUGGGUUUCAUAAGUUGUAUACUUAACAAUGAUGCUGAGGAAUUGGAUAAAAUAAACACCCAGAUUGCAGCUUAUGCUCAGUCAGAUAUUGAUUUUUAUACACCGAGAGAAGGUGAAAUUUGUUUAGUGAAGGGUUCUGAUACACCUAAUACUUGGUACAGAGGUGUAUGUGAAGUAGUUUCAGGUGAUGGGAAGCCUAUUUUAACUUUGUUGGAUUUUGGAAGCAUUUAUAAUAUUUCAAUUAAUAAUAUUCGUAAAUGUCCGCAGCAAUUAAAUUUACCAUGUUUUACAAAUCAGUGUUAUAUCAAAGGAUUACAAACGAUGGCAAAACAAAAAAAAAUUAGUAAUUUAGAUAAAACUAAAUUACAAGAUAUUAUAAAAUUGCAUGCUUUACUUACCAUCCCAGAAAUCGAGGUUGUCGAGGGAGAAAUUUUUAUAACAUUACCUGAAGAAAUUGUCAAUGCUAUUAAGGAUUAUGGAAUAUUUGAAUAGAAACACUCUCAAAAAUUAUUAAACAGGAAGAGGAUGGCUUAUAAUUACAACAUGCAAUUAAAUGAGUAAUCAUUUCUUUAUCUAUUUUUUAAGUGAAUUAGUUUUUUGAAUUGAACUUGUAAAACGUUCUUUCAAAUUUCGUUUUUAUAAAUUCACACAUUUCAUUUUAUUUUAAUUUUAUCAAAAAAAAAUCAUGAAUUCAAAAAAUGCACCAAAAAAACUAAAAACUUUUAAAAAAAGUAACAAAAAAAGUUCAUACUAUAAAAUAAGAAACUACUAAAUCGAAGUAUGUAACGUACAUACGUCAUUUGUAAUUACGACGACAAGAAACAAAUUUCUAUAUACAUACAUACAUAUUUCUAUAUUUGUUAAUUGAAAAUUUUUCAAAGAAUUUAGUUAUUUAUAUUUCUACUUAUAAGUUAUUGCCGUAUUGUGCAUAUGUAUCUGUCAGGCCGCCAAGUUCAGACAGUUAGUCAAAAAUUUGUAUGAAAGUUGCAAGUAUUGUUGGAAAUUAUUUGUGUAAAGGAAACCGAAUAAUAUUUUCAACUACGCUGAUAUAAACUACACAUUAUUCGAAUACUUAACGAUAAGUUUUAAAGAAUCGGUUUGUAAAAUCGGUUUCGCUAGAAAAAUGCAUUUACAAAAAAUUAAUUGCAAAAUUGAAGGGUGGGAUACUGAAUUACGCAGAAAAAAUUUUAAUUUGAAAAAAAUUUAAGACAUUAGGAAUUGUUUUUUUGUGGCCUGAUAGAUAUAUAUGUGUAUGUACAUGGAUGACUUUAUCAAUUGUCAUGGGUGUAAAUGCGUAGUUUCUAAAUGAAACAUCCUUAUUCGGUAUAUGAGUAAAGCAUAACAAUAUUUUUUUAAGUAAUUUAACGUCAAAUUUGCAUAGUAUUUAUGUUUUUAAAACAUAAAUUAAAAAAUAUAAGAAAGUUUUUAAUUUUGAAAAAAAAAAUAUUUCAAAUUUGAAUUGAGAAAAGGAUAAUUUUUUUUAAUUAUUCAAAUAUCAAUUUAAAAAAAAUUUAUUUCAAGUAUCAUAAUUAAUGCCAAAGCACUGUCUUGGGAUCGCAUCGCAUAAUAAAAAGCAUCGCGUAGACUUGCUCCAAGUUUCAUUUUUCUUUUAUGGUUUUAAAAAAAAUAAAAAAUAAAAAAAUUUCGUAAGUUGAAUUCAUAAAUUCUAAGCAUAUUUUCUUUUUAUUACAAAACUUUACUGAAAACAUGUUUAUAUCCAAGAAAAUAUUGGGUAUUUUCAAUAUUUCAGUGACUGUCCUGGUAAGUUUAAGAGGUACAGAGGCGAACUCUCAUUUUCUUUUUAUAGUUUUUAAAAAAAUGUGUAGAGUUUGGAUGAAAAAAAAAUUAUCACUAUCCUUUUAUGCUUUAAGUCAUUUAUAUCUAAAAAUAUUUAAAAAGAUUUUUAUAUAAAUAUUGAGCCUUAUUCUAGUUGUCGAAGUAGAGCGGCAAUUGUCGUUACGACUUGAAUUUGAUAUUCUAAACGGCGAUUAUUAUAUUUUUGGAGUUUUAUUUUGCUGUUUACAAAAAAAAAUUCCCAAAAGAAGGCAGUUUGCAUUCAAAAUAAAUUUUAUUAAAAAUAUGUUUUCUAAAAGUUAUAGAAAAUCAAGCGAUACGGACCUCGUUACCUUUUAAAAGGGUACUGAAUUAAAUUACGGAAAUUAAAUAUAAAAUUAAAGUUGAAAAAUUUUCAUAGGGUAAAUUUACCAACUUCUGAGCAUAUUUUCCUUUUACAAAACAACUGAAAACAUGCUUAUUGGGUAUUUCAAAUAAUCAGUGUUAACUUAGAAUUAAUACAAAAAUAUCUUUUACAAGUUAAAAUUUUGAAAUAUGCCGAAAUAGAAUGUUUGAUAAAAAAAUGUAUGUUCGAAAAUCGUAGUACAUGUAAACUUCUAAAACAUUACUAAAAUUUUGUUCAUAUGCUGCAAAACGACUCCAAGUUUGAAAUCAUAGCAUAGAUAUAAUGGUUUGUUGUUAUUGGUUGCAUUCAUGUAUGUACAUAUCACUACUAUGAUUAAACAAAUAAAUGUGCAAAAGAAAAAUAAUUUUAAGCUAUAAUUACGCUAAAAUAUAUUUUCAAGAUUUUAGUUAGAAGAACCUAAAAUGCAGCAAAUAAAUGCCUUUAAUUGGUCAUUUCUCUUAAAAUAUACGAAAAUAAAAUAAAUAUUAAGCAAACGUAUUGCAACUACUUUUUCAAUAGGUUUUUUCAAAAUAAAAAAUAAUUUCAAUAGAAAAUAAAGUGUGGAAACACACACGAAUCAUAUAAAAUUUGACCCGAUUGAAUUAGCUCGGAAAAUUUUUUUAAUGCGGUUGCCUUAUACCAGGGCAGUGAUUAAGUGCUAACUUUGAAUUAAUUAAAUGUGCAAAAAUAGUAUGUAAAAAAAUAUGUUCGAAAAUUGUCGCAUAUCAAAAGCUCUAAAGUUGUGGCAUGUCAAAUUAUUAAAAAUUUUUUUUUUAUGCAACAAAAAUAUUAAAAAUUCGAAAAAAAUCAGCUUAGAAAUAAUAAUUUGUUGUUAAUGGUUUGUUUAUGUCUAUAAAUAUAACCAAUAUAAUUUAACCAAUAAACCUGCAGCAGCAAAAUUUUUUGUUAUUGAAGAUCUGCAAGUAUGCAAAAAAAAGGUUUUUAAGAUUACAGUUAGAAGAACCUAAAAACGUGUAAUUAAAUGCUUUUAAUUACAUAUUCCCUUAUUAUAUACGAAAAUAAAAAAAUAAACAAACAAAGAGGACCUACUUCAUCAAUAGUUUUUUUCGAACUAAAAAAUAAUUUCAAUAGAAAAUAAAUUGAGAAGAAAUAUACGAAUUAUACCGAAGUUGACCCGAUUGAAGGAGUUUUUGAAAAAUUUUUAAUGCGGUGGCCUCAUACUUACUAGGGCAGUGGCCAAAGUAAUUCCAAAAUUUUCCGACUACCGGGAGAUCGUUGGAAAAGAAAUCGGGAGAUCAAUUAAGGUGCUUUUCCUCACACUUUCCAAAAGUCCGAACAAAUUAUUGAGCCUUAUUCUAGUUGUCGCGUCGCUUACGUGACAUUUGUCGUUAUCGCUGUCACAUCAUUUGAAAUGUGAUAUACAUAUGUCGAUUGAGUGCGAGAAAUAAUCGAAAAUGAAACGUUUCAAGUGAAAUUGAUAUAUUUGAAAAAGAAAUUUCGGCGAGUAAGGUUCAAACUAAAAAAAAUUUUCAGUGUAUAUAUUUAUAUUUUUAAAUAAUGAAAAAUGCCAUUUGCAUUAUGGUU